CAGCAGGUUAAGUCGAAACAUUUUCAUUAAAACACCACCAUGUUGAGGCAGUGCGGUAAACUUGUGCUUCUCUUCUGCGCGAUGGCCGUUGGAGCUAUGCCUCAAGGCCAAACAACUACUGGAGGAACGAACGCUGUUGCGCAGCUAACGAAGCAGCAAAGGUGCAGUUUGCCUCCGGUUGAACCUUCCAACAUUAGUUGCUUUGCGUUUAUUCCAUCCUGGACAUUUAAUUCAGCCACUGGAGUCUGCGAUAGUUUUGUGUAUGGAGGUUGCGGAGGAACGGCCAAUCUAUUUGAAACGUUGGCUCAAUGCAACGCGAUCUGUGGUCCCGAACCCACAGGCCCAGUGAUCACUGCUACCGUGUGUUUGCAACAAAAGGUGGUCGGACCUUGUCGUGCGUCCAUUCCGAGUUUCUUCUUCGACUUUACAACUAGACUAUGCACGCCUUUUAACUACGGGGGAUGUAAUGGCAAUGAUAACAGAUUUGCAUCAGAACGUGCCUGCAGACUAGCUUGCUCUCGCUCGGAUUUCGAUUCGGAAGAGAACCACUAAGACUUGAUCAAACACAAUCAAGCAGCCUGAACUCCCAUUUAAAACACUAGGACAAAGAUGAGAUGUAGGGACCGAGACCCAUAACCGAUACCAUUAGCAUAGCCAUCGAUUGUCCCAACAAUGCAGAACUCCUAGCCUUUGGCAAACAUUUUCCUACAACAAAGAUUAAUUAUUCUUCUUACAUUGCUCUUCAUUUAACUCCUACCUAUUUUUAUUUGGUGUAAUAUGUAAAUAAAAGGCAUCGCCCUGCA